AUGAACAGAGAUAGAUCUCCAAGAAGAGAUCGGGUAAGAUCUCCUGUUGAUAACUGGCAUCUAAAAGGCGGUCGAGAUUGGUCGCUCCGGCGUCAUUCGAGAACUCCACCGAGAAUAGAACGAACCCCAUCGAAGAAUACCUGGAGAGCAAGAUCUCCACUCAGAAGAGCAUCUCCGCAUAGAUUCUCACCUCAAAGAGAUAAUGAACGUAGAGCGAGGUCGCCACCAAGGCGAGAUGACAGAAGAAAGUCGAGAUCUCCCAUAGAGCGUGAUCGUAUGUCUCAGCGAGCAAAAUCUCCUAUUCACCGUUUUUCGCCUCCAGCCGGACCCAAAAGCUCGCAUCCUCAUCUCGGAAUUCCUGAUUUACGAGCUACUUCUAAAAGUCAAGGUACAAGUCGAGGGCGUCAAUCAUUUACUUCCCCUGCAAGAGAAUUUGAAAAGUCUUUAUUGGCUACUGAUAAAUCCUCGUCAUAUCAAGUUUAUGAUGACAGAAACGACUCGACGAAGGUUCAGUCAAGGCAACGUUCCCCACAAGCUCAUGAAAGUCGAAUGCUUCCAAACAAGGUUCCGUCAAGACAACGUUCACCUCAGGCUUACGAAAAUCGAAUACUUCCAAACAAGGUCCAGAAAAGGCAUCGCUCGCCUCAGACUCAUGAAAAUCGAAUGGUUCCAGAUAAAGUCCAGUCAAGGCAACGCUCACCUCAGGCUCAUGAAAGUCGAAUGCUUCCAAAUAAGGUUCAGUCAAGGCAACGCUCACCUCAGACUCAUGAAAAUCGAAUGGUUCCAGAUAAAGUCCAGUCAAGGCAACGCUCACCUCAGGCUCAUGAAAAUCGAGUGGUUCCAGAUAAAGUCCAGUCAAGGCAACGCUCACCUCAGGCUCAUGAAAAUCGAGUGGUUCCAGAUAAAGUCCAGUCAAGGCAACGCUCACCUCAGGCUCAUGAAAAUCGAGUGGUUCCAGAUAAAGUCCAGUCAAGGCAACGCUCAGCUCAGGCUCAUGAAAAUCGAACGGUUCCAAAUAAGGUCCAGUCAAGGCAACGCUCACCUCAGGCUCAUGAAAAUCGAGUGGUUCCAGAUAAAGUCCAGUCAAGGCAACGCUCACCUCAGGCUCAUGAAAAUCGGAUGCUUCCAAAUAAGGUCCAGUCAAGGCAACGUUCACCUCAGGCUUAUGAGAAUCGGGGGUUUUCAAACAAAGUCGAUUUAAGACAACGUUCACCUCAAGCUUAUGAUGAUAGAGUGCAUGCAAACAAGAUUCAACCAAGACAACAUUCGCCUACAAUAACACAUUCUCCUAGCUUAAAAUCACGUGAUAAGGAUUCUUCUAAAUCACCUCCACGCGGACCUUCUAGCCUAAGAACAACAAUCGUACCAUCUAGCUCUCAUCCCUCAGGUGUAUCCUUACCAGCAUCGGCUAGCGGUAGUAGAAAUUCCAUAAUUUCUCGCCCAGUAACUAGUAAUUCGAACUCUGCAGUAACACCUGUAGUCCCACCAGCAGGUCCACGAGGCUACUUUCCCCGUGGAGGCUCUAGUAUAAGAGGUGGAAGGACUACACCGGGUAGUGAUUGGGUGAGCAAAUCGGAUAAUACUCGAUGGGGCGCAGCACCACCCCUUCACCGUAUUGUACCAAUAGAUACCAGUCAAAAAGGUAAUAUACCCUCUAGUCAAAAGGUACUAACACCGUCUCCCUCUGUAUCCUCUGCGUCAUUUGUAGCGCCUGCACCUAGUAACUCUUCAACUGGAAUACCUACUGGGCCGCGAGCUGGAAUUUCUUCACGAACAAGUCUUAACUUACAACACACCUCCUCUGUCUAUAACCGCACAACCCAAUCUGUGGCCAGCAACAGCGGGUCGCGCCAACAUCCAGCACUAGCUAAUAUGAUUUCAAUAAUACCUGGUGGAAAAAUUGACCCAACAGCUUUAGCAAUUGUGCCGGACAUCGCAACGCGACUUAAACGAAAAGCUGAAGAAGAAGUCUUAAGAGAAGAGUUACACGCAAAAGAGGAGAAAUUAAGGUUAAGCCUUAAGCAAUGGAAAAAAUUGAGCAAAGAUUCUGUCGCAAUGGAACUGAAAAGUUAUUUGAGCGAGAAGCAUGUGAGAGCACUAGCCGGUGAAGGCUUCGAAGGAAGUGCAUUUUGA